UCUCGUCCCGCCGGCUCCGGGUCCCUCCGCCGGGUCCUGGCCGUCCCGUCGGUCCGCUCAGCUUCUCCGCUCCGGUUCGCCCCACUGGGUCCACUCGGUGCCGGCGCAGGGAGGAGCCCUCGUGUGCCGGCGGGAUGCGGGGGGUGGUGACGGCGCUGGCGGCGGUGCUGGCGGUGGGGACAGCCGUGGGGACAGCCCUGCCCCGCCCGGGGCUCCUGCCGUACGGGCCGGCCCGCGGGGAUGCCCGGCUGCGGCCCGGGGACGACGAGAGCUCGCCCGGGGUGUCGCUGAGCCGAGCCCUGCACCUCUACGGCCACGCCGCCCGCCGCCUCUACGUGGGGACCAACGGGGUCAUCUCCACCCAGGAUUUCCCCAGGGAGACCCAGUAUGUGGAUGACGAUUUCCCCACGGACUUCCCUGUCAUCGCUCCCUUCCUGGCUGACCUUGACACCUCCGGUGACAGAGGGAACAUCUACUAUCGGCAAGAUGACUCUCCAGACGUGUUGCACCAGGCUGCAGCCUACAUCCAGGCUGGGUUCCCCCACAUUGCUGGCUCCUUCAUGCCCACCAAUGCAUUCAUUGCAACCUGGGAGGACGUGGGUGCCUACCAGGAGCUCUCACAAGACACCAAGCCCUCCCAGAAGCUCAACACCUUCCAGGCGGUUGUAGCUUACGAUGAUGAGGACACGUACGCCAUCUUCCUCUACCCCAAAGGUGGCCUUCAGUUCCUGGGGACACGGCCCAAGGAGUCCUACAACGUCCAGCUGGAGCUGCCGGCCAGGGUGGGCUUCAGCUGGGGGGACGGUGAUGACCCGAAGAGGGACGGGCUCUUCCACAGCCUGGCCAGCAGCGAGCGGGCGCUGAGGCUCCUGGAGCGGGAGAGUAACACGGGGAUACCUGGUGUGUGGGUCUUCCACGUGGGCAGUGUGUCCCCCCUGGAGCACGUGGAGCCGGGGGGCGGUGGGGGAGCCAGCCCUGGGGUGCCACAGAGCCCCGAACCUCACGUCCCUGACACCGCUGGCUACACCCACGCACUCUACAGCCAUGCAGACCACGUGGCCACAAACCUGCCAGUGCGACACGGCUCGGCGGCCAUGUCACCACAUCCCGAUCACGGACACCAUGCCCCUACACUGCUGGGCAUCGUCCCCAGGGGUCUGCCUGUGUCCCCAUCGGGGCAGGAGCGGAGCCGCCGCCUGCACCUUGAUGGGGACGUUGGCACCCAGCAGAGCUACUCUCCGAACCCCUCUUCCUACAGCUCCGGGCAUCACGGCGUUGGCGUGGAAGAAGAUGUUCAUUUUAACCCUGAUGUGUUCACCUACAGCGCGGCCAGCAAGGAGACGUGUGCCCAGCACCACGGGCGCUGCUCCCCGCACGCCUUCUGCACUGACUAUGCCACCGGUGUCUGCUGUCACUGCCAGGCCACCUACUAUGGCAAUGGGCGGCAGUGCCUGCCCGAAGGAGCUGUGCAUCGCCUCAAUGGGAAGGUGAGCGGGAGCCUGAUGGUGGGACGGAUGUCCGUCAGCUUCCAGGAUGUCGAUCUUCAUGCCUACAUCGUGGGGAGCGAUGGCCGAGCCUACACGGCCAUCAGCGGGGUGCCCCAACCCGCUGGCCGGGCGCUCCUUCCCCUCCUGCCCCUCGGCGGCCUCUUCGCUUGGCUCUUUGCGCUGGAGGACCCUGGCUCUGAGAACGGCUUCAGCAUCACUGGUGCUGAAUUCACCCAGAGCCUGGAGGUGACCUUCUAUCCUGGGGGGGAGACGGUCCAUGUCACUCAGACAGCCGAGGGCCUGGGGCCGGACAAUUAUUUAAGCCUGAAGACACACAUCCAGGGCCAGGUGCCGUUUCUCCCAGAGAAUGUCACUGUCCACAUCACUCCCUACAAGGAGCUCUACCACUACUCCAGCUCAGUCGUGACAUCCUCUGCACAGCGGGAGUACGUCCUGGCCGCGGGGACGGCCAACCAGACCUUGUCCUACCGCCUGCGCCAGAACAUCACCUUCUCCGGCUGCCCGCACACCCGCCUGCCCGCCCGGCAGCGGCUCAGCGUGGCCCGAGCCUUCGCCCUCUACGACGGCCACGAGCACGUCCUGCGCUACGCCCUGGCCGCCCGCAUCGGCUCUGCACCAGAUGGUGCCGAGAACCCCCUGGUGAACCCAUGCCACGAUGGCACGCACAGAUGUGAGGCACCAGCACGCUGCCAGCCUGGCACAGGGAUGGAGUACACAUGCGAGUGUGUGGCUGGGUACCGCAGAGACGGAUGGGGCUGCCGAGAUGUGGAUGAAUGUGCGGAGGGCCUGAGCCAGUGCGGCCCCUUCGCCAUCUGCCUGAAUGCACCGGGCAGCUACCGGUGCGAGUGCCGCAGCGGGUACCAGCCGGCAGGGGAUGGGCAGAUGUGUGUGCCCCUGGUGCCAGCGACCGACCCCUGCGAGGAUGGGAGCCACCCUUGCGCGCCACCGGACCGGGCACGCUGCUUGUCCCAUGCCGGGGGACACCCCACCUGCGAGUGCCUCCCUGGGUACGCCGGUGACGGCAUCUACUGCUCCGAUGUGGACGAGUGUGCCGAAAACCCAUGUCACCCAGCCGCCACCUGCUACAACACACCAGGCUCCUUCUCCUGCCAGUGCCCACCUGGCUAUGAGGGUGAUGGCUUCCAGUGUGUGCAUGCAGCAGGGAGCACGCAGCGGCUGUCACCAUGCCAGCAUGAGCAGCUGUACCCGCGGGAGGUGCCAUCAGGACCCUCACCCGUGGGUGACAGGCACAUGCCCCAGUGUGAUGAGGAGGGCGGGUACCGGCCCCUGCAGUGUCACAGCAGCACCGGGCACUGCUGGUGUGUGGACACCGCAGGACAGGAGAUCGCGGGGACCCGGACAGCGCCGGGCAGCACGCCACCGCGCUGCGGGAACCCAGAGUCCACCCAGCGGCUGACCCCCUGCCAACACGAGCGGCUGUACCCACGGGGGGUGCCACCGGGACCCUCGCCCGUGGGCGAUAGGCAUGUACCCCAGUGCGAUGAGGAUGGUGGGUACCGGCCCCUGCAGUGUCACAGCAGCACCGGGCACUGCUGGUGCGUGGAUGCCGCGGGGCAGGAGAUCGCGGGGACACGGACAGCGCCGGGCAGCACACCGCCACGCUGCGGGAACCCAGAGCCCACAGAGCGGCCCCGCAGCAUGUGUGAGCGCUGGCGGCAGAGCUUGCUGGAGCACUAUGGGGGCAGCCCCCGUCGUGACCAGUAUGUGCCACAGUGCGAGGUGGGGGGGGAAUUCACCCCGCUGCAGUGCCACGGGGACAGCGGGUACUGCUGGUGCGUGGAUGAGAGCGGCAGGGAGAUCCCGGGGACGCGCUCAGAGCCUGGCAGCACCCCCCCAUGUCUCCCCAGUGUCGCGCCACCCAGCGUCCGCCCGUCACCCCGGCCCGAUGUGUCACCACCAGCCACGGGGACAUUUCUGCUCUAUGCUCAGGGACAGCAAAUCGGUUACCUCCCGCUGAAUGGCACGCGGCUGCAGAAGGAGGCGGCGAAGACCCUGCUCUCCCUGCAUGGCUCCAUCGUGGUGGGGAUCGGCUACGACUGCCGGGAGAAGACCAUUUACUGGACUGAUGUGGCUGGGCGGACCAUAAGCCGGGCGAGCCUGGAGCCAGGGGCUGAGCCAGAGACCAUCAUCAGCUCAGGGCUCAUCAGCCCCGAGGGGCUGGCUGUGGACCAUCUGCGCCGAGCCAUCUUCUGGACCGACAGCGGCCUGGAUAAGAUCGAGAGAGCCCGGCUGGACGGUUCUGAGCGACAGGUUCUCUUCAACACGGAGCUUGUCAACCCCCGGGCCAUUGCCGUGGACCCCGUCCGAGGCAACCUUUACUGGACGGACUGGAAUCGCGAAGCACCCAAAAUUGAAACUUCUACAGUCAACGGAGCCAACAGGAGGGUCCUGGUGAACAGGGACAUCGGGUUGCCCAACGGCCUGACAUUCGACCCCUUCUCCAAGCUGCUCUGUUGGGCAGAUGCAGGAACGAAGCACCUGGAGUGCACAUUCCCUGAUGGUACGGGCCGGCGCAUCAUCCAGAACAACCUCAACUACCCCUUCAGCAUCAUCAGUUACGCCAAUCACUUCUACCACACGGACUGGAGACGGGAUGGUGUGAUAGCUAUUGAUAAAGAAACCGGCUCCUUUACUGAUGAGUAUCUUCCCGAGCAGCGAUCGCAUCUCUACGGAAUAACUGCAGUUUAUCCCUACUGCCCCGGAGCGAGGAAAUAGUUAACUGCUAUUUCCAGAAACAACAAUCUUUGCACCCAAAAAAGAACUUCAGACCCAGAAACCUGUCACUGCAUACAACUAAGGGGGGAAAACCCUCCACCAAGGCCAAUGAAUCGACUGACUUCCCUGCAAAAGAUUAUAAAGUUGUUUUUUAUUUUUUGAAGUUAUACCUCAAGUCUUUACUACUGUAUUUUCUUUUUUUAAAGUGAAAAACAUUGAUAUAGUACAAAAAAAAUAAUGGUUCUGUGAAUCUUAGGCCAUUACUCUUGCUUAUACAAGCAAAUUUAAAAUGUAGCAUUCUUAUUCAAAUGUUUUAUUUUAUUGGAAGAAUGGCUUAAUUUUGAAGAGUUUUGGCAAUCUGACCACCAGGUCUUUUUAUAUCCAAAAAUUAAGUGCCUAUGGGGAGCUUUGGCUGCGGUAUCUUGCUGGGUCUGAUUCAUCUACAGCCCUGAGGACACAGACUGUGUGUGCUCCAAACUCGUGCAGAACAGUUGGGUGAUACAGCAAAGGCAUUGAAGUUCGUUAUUUUCCAGAGAACAAUUCUGUAUUUUCACCACUGCCUCAAUGCAUGUCUUUUAGUAUUUAUAUUAGAAGAAUAUGCUAGAAUUGAUCUGUUCAUGCUUGUUGGUUCUUCCAAGUGCCUUCAUAGACCUACCCAGCAUACACCAAUACAUGUUCAGAAAUACCAUUUAUAUUUUUAACGCUUCACUUUUUUCUAGGUUACUUCAAUAAUUGAAUAAAAUGGUUGUUUUAAGUUUC